CUCCAGGAAGGCAUGCGGUGCUUGGCCUGGAAGGCAGGCAGUUCUCUGCUGUCUGAACACACCGCCUUUGUAGAGCGGUUCCUCUCUCCGUUCGCCUUUCGGUGCAGCUAUGAGCUCCUUACCGGGCCGUGCCUGCUGCGCUGCCCCGGCGGCUCCUGGGCCUGCAGCUGGGCGGUCCGCACUGCUGGGGAGCGCUGCUGAGAAGUACAAACCGUUCCUGUCGGUGCUGGAAAGAGCUGUUUGUUUCUGAUCUUUUAAACAGUUAAUGCUGCCGAUGUGCCAUCCUUCAAAAUGUUUCACUGAUAACUGGAGCCCAAGUACUUAUGUACAGCAUUAAUCCACAGCUGUAAGUUCACUUCAAACGAUACCAUCCAUAGUAUAAUUAGAGGGGAAAGCAGGUGAAGCACUCGAAGAGCUGAGCUGUAGACCCAAAGCACAGAACGGGCCGGUGGAUCCUGAAAUAUCUGUCAGGCCUCUGUGUUGGGCAGCAGUCCUUGUGUGCUGUUUCCUUCUUGGGGGAGCCAUUAGUCAGAAGGCAUCUCUUGUAAGCACACUCUGAUUGUUGGCCUGGGAGCCUCUUCAUUUAACAGUUGAUGUGAGACUGAGAUCUUAGUGUUUUGUUGGGCUAGCAAUGGAGAGAGGGAACAUCCGAGGGCUGCUGUUCUUUAAGUGCAUCUGAACUCUGCUUUGUUUUUUCCUGCUCUGAGGAGCUCCUCUGAAGGAGGAAUGGUUCUGUGUGAGAGUGGAGAGGUCUGGCUUCGCCUUCUUGUCAAUUCCAGGGUUUGUCUUAAAUCUUACACCUCCCCUGCACACGUGCUAAUGGUGUGUGGGAAGGCCUUACAGCCCUUUACGUGGAAGGCGACAUACAACCUGAAGCAAAGACUUUCUGCACAUCAGCAGGAAAAGGAGAACUUGUGAUCUGCAUGGAAUUAGUUCAAGUUAGCAGAACUGGCAUUACAAAUUUGCUGCAAGCAUCUUCUCUUGCAAGGAUUCCUGAAAUUCUGAUCAUUUUCUAAAAUCAAGUUCUAUGCAGGCACAAGUUAGAUCUUUAAAUAAUUUGACAAAACUAUUAAUGGCAGAGUACGCAGCUCAGUGUGAUGCUUUGAAACUGCUUUCCUCUUGAGACUGAUAACCUGUGGUAUGAUCCAUUGUCUGCUGAGUUAGGUGCCUUCCUUGCCUGCUCUCUUACUUUGUUUUGGAGUUGCCCAUUGCCAUAUUCAUAGACAAUUUUGCUUCACUUGUUCUUAUUGAUCUUGGAAAUUCAUUCAUAAUUAUAUCUUUUAACUUGCAUGGAUAACACAAUAGGAGAGGAUGAUCAGAUGAACUGAAAUGCUGAUUUUUGAGGCAAAACCCAGAACAGCUCUUUUGAAAGUCAUUAGUUAAAAUUAGUUAAAGAGGUAUGUACUGAGGAAGAGAAGCCACCAGUCCAUUUUACUGACUUCUAAGACAGAGGGGUUUGUUGUGAUGGAAUUGCAUGUGAAUGAGGGUGAGGCUCCAUCCCACUGAUUUCUUUGCUUCUACAUUAAGAUAGGGGAGAAAAUCCUAUGUCGUGUGUGCAUGUGCACUGGGGCAGGGCAAAGUAAAGCGGGGGAAAAAUGGCAGUGGAAGAACAGGGAAUGGCCACGGCUAUUCUAAACCUUCAGACCUUGUAAACUUACAUUUACUCACACCAGAAAAUGAUGUGUUUGGAUGUGAACAGAUGUAUGCCUGUGAGUCUGUGUUGAGUACCCCAGUACUGCUCAGAAUGCUGAUGUAGAGCCUUGGGGCACUGCAAAAAUGUUUGGGGCUUUGGCUGUUUGUGAAAAGUUGGAAGAUGCAGAACCAGGGUCUUUGUCCCAUCACGCACACUGGUCUGUAGAAAUAAAGGUAACAGGAAAGCUUGUUGGAGUAAGAAGGAAUUGUAAAAUUAAAGGUAUGUGAUGUUAGAAAAAUAGUACUUUCUAUUGUGCUCAUCCUUAAAAAUAAAAGAGGAGCUGAAGAUUUCUAGCCGGUAUUUUGGGAGACUGGAAGCUCAAUCUGUAAUGCUCAAGGGACUUGCUAGGCAUGAGAUAAGAGCAGACCCUUAUCCCCUCCGUGGGGAUUCCCUGGCUGGGCUCCUCCGCUCCAGCUCUUUCUCCCUGAGGGUCUGUCUCUUGUCUUGACCGGUUAGCUCACUGUCUUCCUUUCCUUACCAGCCCCUGUUUGGUAGGCUUUGUCUUCUGGUUACUGGACAUCUCAUAAUUCCUUUUCUCUUUCCCCUCCCUCCUUCUGAAAAUACUAGGUUAAUUGGCUCUAGUGUUUUGCAGGCUAUCUGCCUGGGUGACACAGAAUAAUUGUAUCCCUGACUCUAACUUAGUCAGUAGUAAUGACAUAGUAACUAGACUGGAAACGAUGGUAAUUUUGUGGCAACUUGCCUUCUGGUGAUAUGCCUCCUGCAAUAAACCCUGUAUAACACUGCUGGACUGCCCGUGCCACUAUUGUUAUUGUUAUGAUACCGUGGGAUGUCUCAGACGUGUUGUUUGAGACACCCAGCCUCUCCUGCAUCACUUGUUAACUGCAGUUUGAGUCGGGUAAUUGCUGACCUGGGCUGCAGCCUUUCAGAGAGUGAGAGGAAGACCCCAGACUUGGAGAUGUGCUCGUGUUGUUUGCUUCCACCUCAUCUUCACCUUUUCUCAUGACAUCCAGAGAUUGUCCCUGUCACCAGGAGCUUGGCUGUGAUGGUUCUAUGUUCUGCUCUCUGUUGUAACCAGACCAGAAGAAAUACUGGGGGAAAAAGGUCAAUCAAGGCUGCUUGCCUAGCAGUUAGCUUGAGAACUAACCCUUUUGGAGUCGGUAGGUCUGCAUUUUAUCUGUCCUGGAGGACAGUGCUCCUGCCAACUGAUGUGUUAUUGAAGUGGAAGCAGGAGGUUGGUGGGUCAGGGGCUGCUUAGUUGUUUGUAUUAAAGAGCUCUUUUGUAGAGGUUGUAAUAGUGUAGGCAAACAAAUACAGGAGUGCUGAAGAGAGUAAGCUGUGAUGAUCUUCUGGUGUCUCGGAAGGAAAGUUAGAAAUGCGGUUCUGUCUGGGACAUCUGCUUUGUGAAAAACAAAACUUAGAAAAAUGUGAGACUGCUAAUACUGACCUUCUGCUGCAGAUCUUUAUUGCCAGAAAGCCAGGCUGCUGAAGACAGUGUGAUGAUUUGUUGUCUCACUUCUCCUUUUUAGUAACCGUGUUCUUUAAAAAAACAAAACAAUUCAAAGGAUUUUUGUGCUCUUGAAAAAUACCGCUCUUAUUUCUGCAUCCAAGUAGUAGCAGACUGUGGCAAAUUGUCAGCUCUUACUCUAAUUUUUUUCCUAGUGUAAUAUGAGUUCUCCUUUUUGCAGUUUUGAAACACUUACUGCUGUCAGUGUUAGCCUUUUGUUUGGAAAAUUAAGAGGGAGACAAAUCAUCCUAGCACCAAAUGGAUAUGCGGGGCAUGUGUAGCUUAGUGAAGCUUAGGCCUGUAAAUCUAGAUGUCCCAGAACUUGGCCAUGUGCUGGCUAUUCAAUGUUUUCAUUACAAGUGGGUCUAUGUGGAGAUCCUCAAAUACUCUGUAUUAGCACUCAAAUGGGUGGUCCAGAAAUGCUACGGGUCUGAUACACAACGCAUACUGCCUGUUAGGGAGUUAGGGAGUGUACUUGUUGUGAGACACAGGGACAGAUACCCACACAACUUACCAGGUUUCUGAAACAAACAGCAAGUGAGUGAAAUCAAGGAUAGGUGAAAAUUCAUCUACAAAGCAUGGUGGCUGAAGCUGCCACCAGGCUGGCAAGGGGGAGCUGAUGCUCUGUGUUAUAACUGGUAAUGUAAGUCAGAGGGCUCAGAGGGUCUGCUUAGAUGUUCUUGCUGCAGUUAGCAUCUGCACACUGUGUAAAGUACUGGUGCUGUGCACUGUGAUGGGCAACUCGUUAGAAAGAGCUGAGGUCUCUGCAGGUGACUGUGUAUCUUCUGCUUCAAAAAUGGCAGUCAGAGUUUUAAAAAUCCAAGUGCACGCUCUUAAAAUGCUAUAAGGUUUCUGUUUGCUUUUAAGCCUUUCCACUUUGUACAAUGCCUUGUACAUAACUUGGUGUUUAUUCCAAUAUUUACAUGGCUGGGUGCUCCUGCAGUUCCUGCACAACUGCAUGAAGCGAGUGAUUUGGUCGGCUGGCAGACUUCACUGAGAUGGGUGGCAGAGCUUCUUGUGAGCAUCUGAUGCCACAGAUGAUGUCAGGAGGCAGUCUGGCUCCCGCCCCAUGCUGCUGGGUGCUGCUGGGCACCUGCGUGGUGCUAUUCGCUGAUCCGAGCUGUGCUGGAGGUGGUACACCACUAACCAGAGCUGCUACGAUGGCUUUCUGGUUUUGCGGGAUUAGUGUAGCUUUCUGAAUUGCUGGGAACAGGGAGAAAUAUGGAGUUAUGAACUUGUUACCUCAGUUUUAAGCAUAACUAAUUGGUACAGAAAUCACUGACAAUCCACUUUAAUCCUGUUCUGCUGUACAGAAGCAAUGGAAGUACCUCCAUUUCUUCUGGGUGAAAUCUGCUAGUCAAACUCAGAGCACUGCAAAAUCCACACACACCCGGCUCGGUCUGUAGACCGAGGCUGUUUUUUUGAGUCACUCUGGUUUGUCUGUAGGAUAGUUGCGGAUUUCUGUACUUUAUGGAGUUGCCUGAGACAAAUUAAGGUACGUAUUUGCAGCGCAGCACUCAAAUGCUCAGAGCCUGGUGUGUCUGUGUCAGGCAUCUGAGAAUCGUGGUUUCUGCAGGUAUUCUGAUCAGCACGUUUGCUGAAGUGGUGUGAAACGGUUGUGUCUCAGCAUAUAGGGUAGCUCUGCCCCUGGCAUAUACUGCUUUUGUUGUGAAUAGCACAUACUGAAGUGCUGGAGAUCUGUUAUGUUGUGCAGAAGUUACAGUGAACCCUGGAAAAGUGAUGAAGGAAUUGAUUAUACAUCUUGCAUGUGAAGGGGAGAGGGGAAAGGCUGACAGCUGUAACGAGAUGGAGAUGAGCUGCGUGGUGACUGAGUCUUUAUUUCAUGAAACUGGUGGAUUCAAACACACCCAGGGUUUGAGUGUUGAAGUGUGUACUGGAUGAGAAAUGGCUUGGAAUCCAGCCUGGUUCUGGGUUCAGCUUUACUGAAAUUGAUGGUGUCAUCUAGAAUGGCUGCAUCCUCUGACUGUCAUAUUUCCCCUCUGUUUUGCUUGUAGCCUAAACAAAUUUCUCAAAGCAAGUACUUCUGCUCUGUCAAUUGGUUCAUUAACUUAUUUAUAUUACAGAACCACCAGAAGAUACCUUUCUACCAUUGUGCAUUAGUUAGCUAACCAGACUUGGGUUUAUCCUGUGAAAAUACAAUCAUCCUAGCAAAUCUUUCUAUCCACCUAAUAAAUUAGGAUGAAGCACAUAUUGGGAAAAGAUUUAAAGCUUCUUGAUGGGGCUGAGUAUGUAGGGUAUUGCGUGGUUAGAGAAUGCAAAAUAGAGGGAGGGAUUCAGGCGUGAUGUGCUGGAAAAGCUGUUUAAACAAUGUGCCUUCUGGGAGCAGAAGUCACGGUGCUCAGGGAUAGGCUUUGCCCCAGGUGGGGUUGGGCACAGUCCCAGUGCUGGAGCUCAUGGGAAGCCACUUUCAGCCAUAGCGUUUGGGUGGUGCUGUGUGGGCACUCAGAGCUGGCCCUUGACCUGCUGCCAGGUGUCAGUCAACCUAUCUGGUCCUGCACUGCCCACCUGCAUGCCUUGCUUCCACUCCGAGGCAGAUGUAUUUUGUUGAGGCAAACUGUGUCCUAGUUGUUUGGAUUCCUUGAAUAUUGCAGUUUGAUUCCAAAAAGUAAGGCUAACCAGAAUGUUUUGUUAUCCUGAUGUGAAACAGGUCAGCAGAGUUCCCAUUCUUCUUUUCAUUGGUCAUGAGCUGACUCUAGUUCACUGAAAAAUGUUGAAGCAGGAAGCCUGACAAACUUGCAGUUCACUGUUAGCCAAUUACAGCAGAGCUUUCUUGCUUUUACACUGCAUCUAAGUAAUGAAGAAGUAAUUCUGCAUGAAUGCAUAUCUUCAGUAGAGACGUGGAGCUGUGCUGCAGCCCCCGCUAGUGUGCACUUGUUUAGGACUGUGCGAGCUGUGCUCUGAGCUGGCGAGAACCCACAGCAUUUCUGCGGUGUUCCAGAGAGCCCAAGCCACAGUGGGCAGGCAGACACGGAUGCAAAAAACACAAGGGAGUAGAUCAGGGUCCCAGCAAUCCUGAGGUGUGCUUCUUUUGCUCCCUUAUUUUCCCCAGGGACUGCCAUCUGGGUUCACUAAGGAACACUGGGGUCUGCUCAGAGCAGCUGCAGUCUGAAGCUCCUGGUGUCACCAGGGAGGUGCUUUGCGUUGUGGUGUCCAGCUGUGCCUCUUCGUUGUGCCCCAAAGUCUGAGUUAAAACCCUUGCCCUGGAGAGCUGGGCUCUUGCUUUCAACUUGGAAUGCAUGCUGGCUGCCAGUGUGUGAUAUAGUCCGCUAGAAACUGAGGUUUGGUGGAUCAUAGGCUUCUGAAAGAGUCCUUAUCUGUUUGGGGAGCAGUUUGUUUGUUGUGUGAAGUUGCCAUGCUAAUGCUUUUUUUUUUUUUUUUUUAAUGGAGACUGCAAGAUAUUGCCUCUCCACUAUUUCCAUGGGUUCCUGGGGGAGCAAGGCUGCAGGGCUCCCUGUUCUGCCUCCCCUUUGUUCCCCAAGUGAAUAUAAGAACAAUUACUUAGCUGAGAGGCAGGCAAAAUAAAUGAACAGAGAGGUGGCAGCUGUUGAAUUUUGUGGAAUUUUGGGAAGCUGUGGUCCGAUAGAAACCCAGACUGGUGCCUGCACUGCACACAGCAGGAGUGGUGGCACAGGAAUGGGGGUCUGUACAGCAUGACAUGUUGAGAACACAGUCUGAACAACCCUCUGGGAGGACUGGAUCUAUGGUAUGUAAGGUGAGCUUUGGAGGCAGAGGACGCGUGUCUGUAGGGAGCAGGCUUUUUGGAAUAUCAGCUUCAAAAAUUGUCUAAAAAUGUUUCAGUGAGGUUGCAUUUUUGCUCUGUGGGUAUGUAUGACAGUCAAAAGUAGUGCCUGACAGUUCCUGGCCUUCUCAAAGUGUUUUGGAUGCCUGCUUCCAUGGACUUACAUUUUUUAGAAUAGCCUUGAUCUAAUGUAUGUCGUAUUCUUGUUUGCUCUGCACCAUCUGUGUAAGGGACUUCUGUUUGAGGAAAACUCGCUUUAUCUGGAGAAUGGCACAUGUAAGAAUGUGUUUUAUGGCUAUCUUUCUACAUCCAUCCUCUACUUUCUACUGAGAAAACAAUGGGACAAGCUAAUUUUCCAACUAGAUUCCUCACAACCAGGUCUCAUGUAAAAAGUAACCAUGCAGAAAAGCAGCUUUUGAUCUCCUGCCUGCUCCUUAAUUGCACUAACGGUGACAAUGAGAUAUUUCAGUGUUUGCACGGUUAAGCAGAGGAGCUGCCACAGCUUUCUUGUUUAUUUUUUCUCUACAUCAGCUCUGAACAGAAGUGAUGACAAGGAGCUGCAGGUGCAGCACUUGCUAUACAAAGCAGACGUGCCUUUGUCUGUCCUUAUCUCGAAAGAGCUUCUCAGUUAUCCUGGUAAAGUUGGGAAUUGAAAAGAAAUGAGGCUGACUCAACUUGACUGAACAUGGAAAAACAAACAUGAAAAAACAAACAUGGAAAAGAAUGUGCUAGAGAAGGAAAAAAAAAGAGAAUUAAUUUCUAGACCCAGAUUAUGCUGUACUAGGGAGCAACUGUCUGGUAUUCACAGAUUAAACAGUGGCUUAGCUAACAUGCAUUGAUAGUGGUAGCACGGAAUGACUUAAGCUAGAAGGGGCUGCAGAGAUCAGCCGAUUCCAACCCCCGUCCCUCUGCGCAGGGCUGCUCUCUGUGAGCUCUUCUCCCAGUCUGCACACACCUGGCGCUGCCCCGACCCGAGCACAGCACCCCGCGCUGCGCCUUGCUCAGCCUCAGCAGGUUCUCGUGUGCCCCUUCUCCAGCCUGUCCAGGUCCUGCCGGGUGCCGCCCUCCCUUCUGCUGUGCCAUCGCAAACUGCUGAGGGUGUGCUCGACACCAUCCUCCAUUGGUCCCAGUGGUUGAAGAGCGCCGCUCCCAAGAGGGACCCGUGGGGGACGCUGCUUGUCGGCCUCCACCCGCACGCAGAGCCACUGAGCGCAGUGCUCUGGCUGUGAGCGCCGACCAGUUCCUUAUCACUGAGCAGCACCUUCAGAUCCAGCUCUGUUCGACACACAGACGAGGACGUGGCGCAGGACCGUGCCGAAGGCCUCGCGUGGAUCCGGGCAGGUGACACCAGGUGCCCUUCCUUUGGCCACUGAUGCCAGGCUCCGUCGCAGAAGGCCACCGGACGGGUCAGGCGCCAUCCUCUCUUGGUGAAGCCAUGCUGGCUGUCUCAGAUCCCCGCUCAUCCCUUACGUGCCUUGGCAUCUCUUCCAGGAGGAUCUGCUCCACAGUCUUCCCAGGCACAGAGGUGAUGCUCACCAGCCUGUAGUUCCCCAGCUCCUCUUUCCUCCCUCUCUUGCUAAUGAGUGAUGGUUCCCUUUUUCCAGUCUCUGGGGACCUUGCUUGACAGCCAUGACAACCCCAUGUUAGUUUUGCCCUGAGGGCCUGAGAUGAGGAAUGAACUCUCCCCUGCUGAAAGCAUUAAAUUAGCCAGAAGUCUGUGUUUACUUUUAACAAAUAUUUGAACUUGUCCAUUGUAUUCAGUACUUGGUCUGUGCUUUCUAUAAUAAUGCAUAGUUAGUUAAUGCUACUCAGUAAGUGAAAAAGUGAACCAGUUUUAUAAAGUUUCUUUUAUAAAAUGAGUUUGGACUACAGAAGUUUAAGUGCUACUGCACAGUUUAGUGCAUUUUAUGGUUUUCAUUGUCUCUUUGAAAUGUAAAGUUUUGUUUCAGCCCUUUUGUUUUACAGUGUUCCAUGUGGAUCCCAGAGGGCCUGCAGGUGGCUGUGAAAGCCAAUGGAAUGACUGCCUACAUCAUAGGAGUCAUGUUGGCGGACGGCCGCCAGCGGCAUGGUGCGAUGUGCUGAGGGGCGGCCGCGGGGCUGUGGCACGGCGAGGAGCUGCUCUGAAUGAAGCCAGGCUCCCUGCACCAUGGGCCAGUGCGUCACCAAGUGCAAGAAUCCUUCGUCUACCCUCGGCAGCAAAAAUGGGGAAAGGGAAACGGGCAGCAAGUCGCAUAGCAAGAGAAGUGCUGUCCACAAAGAUGAGCAGGCUUUGGCGUGUGGGAAGUCCUCGGGAGACGUACUUGUGAACGGGACAAAGAAAGCAGAUGCUGCUCUGGAGUCCGGUCCUUCGGUAUUUUCUGGGGAUACAAAGAAAGACUCUGUCUCCAGCGCGGAAGAAUCGUCCCUCCAAAGGAUUGGAGAGUUAUUUAGGAGAUACAAGGAUGAACGGGAAGAUGCCAUACUGGAGGAAGGAAUGGAACGAUUUUGCAAUGACCUCUGUGUUGAUCCCACUGAAUUUAAAGUGCUAGUUCUGGCUUGGAAAUUCCAGGCUGCUACUAUGUGCAAAUUUACAAGUUGUGCUUCGGUGCAGUUCAUUCCUGUGGCUGCAGAAGUCUGGAAGAGCAGCGACACGUUGAAGGAAGUCCAGCGCUCAAUGGCUCCUCCUCGAGAGCAGCUUGUCCAGAGCAUGGGCCCUCAGGCACAGGCAGUAUCACAUGGAGCUGCUCUGAAGGAGUUUUUUGAAGGCUGUAAAGCAAUAAACGCAGACAGCAUCGAUGGCAUUUGUGCACGGUUUCCCAGCCUCUUACACGAAGCCAAGCAGGAAGAUAAAUUCAAGGAUCUCUACCGCUUCACCUUUCAGUUCGGCCUGGACUCUGAGGAAGGACAGAGGUCGCUGCAUCGGGAAAUAGCCAUUGCCCUUUGGAAAUUAGUCUUCACCCAAAACAAACCCCCCAUUUUGGACCAGUGGUUGCACUUCCUAGUAGAGAACCCCUCAGGAAUCAAGGGAAUCUCCCGGGACACAUGGAACAUGUUUCUAAAUUUUACUCAGGUGAUCGGACCAGACCUUAGCAACUACAGCGAAGACGAGGCCUGGCCGAGUCUCUUUGAUACCUUUGUGGAGUGGGAAAUGGAGCGGAGGAAAAAGGAGGAAGAAACCAAAUGUAUUACAUCUUCAGGCACAGAGGGUCUGUGUGCAGAAGAACAGACUUAACAGCAUUUAAGCGGCAGUGAUGAAAGCAACCUGUUGCCCUUCAUGAGAUGUAAACUCUGGAUGUUUCUGGAGGUUACCAAGGCUCCAGAUUUCUUUUCUACUUUACACCUUUUUCUGCCUUGUAUUCGAAAGGGCUCUAAAAUGCUGUAUCAUGUUUUAGGCACUUUCUUAACUUUGGUUAUUCCUUUUACUCUUACCCUGAAAUAUUUGACCCCGGCUACAAGUUAAGCAUUUUUGUUAAGACUUCAGAUUAGUAUAAGUAAGUCUGAUAUUUCUUGCACAAUGUAGAUCUUUUUAGUUAGGUUAAAUUAACAUUGCUAAAUUAUACAGUGCCAGAUUAAGUUUUUCAUACUAUGUCUGUCAGGGCAGGUCUGUACUGUGCGUAGUGCUGUUUACAUUGUUGAAAAUUUAGGCUAUAAUAAUUUUAAGGUUUUAUACCAAGAAUAUAGCAGUGUUAACUUGAAAUGCAUUAAUCCCCUCCUAAUAAGGCCCUUAAAAAACAACGACAACAAAUCCAACAACAUAAGCAACAGCUUUUUGUAAUACGGCUCAUUGCCACUUGAAGCUAACUCCUUGUGACCGAGUCAAAUCAUUCCUUUUUAUUUUCAGUUUCAAACUAAAUGUUGGGACUGUUUUUAUAAAGUUACUGUACCUGUCAGUCAACUGAGUGGUAGAUGAGGAUUUGUAUCGAAAUCUCUGACACAACACGUAAUAAAAGAGCAGUGCUACCUCAGUUUUAUUGAAAGUGGACUUCUUGGUGGACUUCCAUUUUCUUUGGAAGUUUAUUUUUGUUGUUACAGGAGAAUAUUUUUACUUGACUAAAAGAACCAAAGGUUCUGCUUCUUAAGUUUCUUAAAUAUUGACAGAAGCAACACACAAAGCCCGUCUUCAAGGAAAACUGCGGUAUAAUUCUGCUUUAAUUUGUUUGAUUUAUACCUGAAGCAUUAUCUUACUUGUCUGGCAAGCACAGUACUUCUAUGUGAGGAACCAGUUUUUUUAAAGCUAUGCUUAAUUGCUAAAUUGCAGUUAAUACUCCACACUUUCUGGAGCAACAAUAUCGGCAUCUGAUGACAAAGUGAAUUCGUAAUGUGUUCUUAAUGACAACAGUGUAGACGAGUCAUUUUUAGACUGAUUUGAUAAUAUUUGGAAAGGAGUAAAUUUAUUAUUUUACAAUGCCUGUA